UAACAAGCUGCAGUUCCUAGAAGGUUUUUCAUUGCUUUGAGAGCAAAUAUGGCAGGCAAGUCACUUUUCUUUGAUGGAGUUUCAUUGUCUAAGAGUGUUCAGGAGAUGUCCAUCAAUGGUGAUGAGCCACCCCCAGAAUUUCAUGUCAAAGAUUGCAGUUUGGGAGGCACUGAUUCUUCUCAUCUUCCAUCGUCUGUUUCGGUUCCAAUCAUUGAUCUUAGUCUUCUGCUAUCUUCGAAAGAUGAACUGCAAAAACUCAGAUUGGCUCUGGAAUCAGGGGGGUGUUUCCAGGCUAUCGGCCAUGGGAUGUCAAGUUCAUUUAUGGACCAAGUCCGUAGAGUUGCAAAACAAUUUUUUGGACUCCCACAGGAAGAGAAGCUGAAAUACUCCAGAGCAGCUAAUGGGGUAGAAGGUUAUGGCCACGAUGUGGUGGUAUCAGAAAAGCAAGUUCUUGACUGGAACAGUCGCUUGUUCCUCAGGGUAUUUCCUGAAAAUCAAAGAAAGCUCAAUCUCUGGCCUGAAAAACCAGAUAAUUUCAGAGAGGUCUUGCAUGAGUAUUCCGCCAAGCUAAAGCAAAUGAUGGAUCUCCUGUUUAAGGCCAUGGCAAAAUCACUCGACUUAGAAGAGAAUAGCUUCUCGGGUCAGUUUGGAGACAACCAGGUAAUGCAAGUGAGGUUCAACUUCUAUCCACCUUGUUCAAAACCAGACAAAGUUCUCGGUGUCAAACCUCAUUCAGAUAGAUCAGGUGUGACGGUCUUAUUGCAAGAUGAAGAAGUCAAAGGCCUUCAAAUCGUCAAAGAUGAGAGAUGGAUCAAUGUUCCUGUAAUCCCUCAUGCUCUUGUUGUUAACCUUGGAGACCAAAUGCAGAUAAUGAGUAAUGGGAUAUUCAAGAGCCCAGUGCACCGGGUGGUGACAAACAAAGACAAGCUGAGGAUAUCCGUGGCAACGUUUAAUGAGGCAGAGCCGGAGAAGGAGACAGGACCUGUAGAAGCCUUGAUAAAUGAUAAGAGGAAAAGGUUAUACAGAACUGUAAAGAAUUAUGCUUCUUUCAACUAUGAGUGCUUUCAGAAAGGCAAAGUGCCACUUGAGGAAGUAAAAUUCCAUGCAUAGAA